AUGGCGGACACGCAUCUCCCAAGAUUGGCUUUCUUAGGCCCCCUAGGCACGUACUCCCACCAGGCAGCUUUCAAUAGAUUUGGGAGAUCAGUGCAGUAUUAUGAGCGCGACACCAUCGCGAACGUCUUUAACGCAUUAUCGGACGAAUGUCCCCUUGCCUUGAUUCCUCAAGAGAAUUCCUUGUAUGGCACGGUGAUUGAGACUUAUGACCUGUUUCGAUCUUCUUGCGCGGGCAGAGACAAAUUCAUCCUGGGAGAAGUAACACAGAGCAUUAGACAUUCCCUCGUGGUGCGCAAGGGGACUUCCCUCUCGGGCAUCAAAAGGAUACUGAGCCACGAGCAGGCUCUAGGUCAAUGCGCUCGUUUCAUCGAGGCACAUCUUCCAAAUGCCUCCCUGGUGAGGGUCUCCUCCACCGCAGCAGCAGCUGUUGCGAUAAGUACCUCAGGAGAGGGUGCCUGUGGCGACGCAGCGAUAUGCUCAGAACACUGCGCCUCUAUAUUCGAGGGUCUGGAAGUACUGAGGGAAGGGAUCCAGGACGAUGAUAGCAACAUCACCCGCUUUUUCGUGAUGUCGACAUCGCGAGAACGGGAAAUACCUCUUCAACCUGCAACAUGUCCUCAGCAUGCUCUACUUCGCAUUGGCAGCACCGUUUCCCCGCAGAAGCAACUGUCCGUAACCGAUAUCCUUGUGGCGAUAGGAUUGAAUGUUGUUCGUGUGGACAGACGGCCGUUGCUGGGCAGGCAGCCCUUCGAAAGUUAUUACUUUGUGGAGUUGUUAGACACACGUACAGAUCCAGCCGGAGCUGAUAGAGCCUGGAAAGACGGAGUGGAGCAGGGGUUAAUACGAUUGAAGGACAAGGGGAUCGACAGUGUUCUACUGGGUAUAUGGUGA